AUGGUCACCACUCCGCGUGACUCGUUUGAUUCUCUGAUAUCAGAAAACAGCAAUCCUCAGAUCACAGAACCCGAACCCCCAUCUUCACCCAGAAACGUCUUCAGGCCAUUCACAGACACAAUCAACAGAGCACAAGCCCUUGCCUCUGCUGCUCUUACAGACGACUCUGAAUUCACAUACAACCACAACAUCUUCUACGAUGACAAAACUACUAUUGAUUGGAUGCACGAGUUUGCAAAAGAACGUCAGCAGCGAAGAAUAGCCUGGGAUACACCUGGAGUUCGAGGCCAGGCGCUACGAUUAGUCAACACUAGUCGCCGAUGGAUUAUCUUGAUUGGUACAGGUAUUGCGGUUGGUUUGAUUGCUGCGUGUAUCGACAUCACUAGUCAUUGGAUCGCGGAUGUAAGAUUGGGCUAUUGCCAGAACGCUUUCUACUUGUCACGUGACUCCUGCUGUUCUGGUAUUGCAACAAACGACCCUUGCCCCGGUUGGAUUGAGUGGAGCUCGUCGUAUUUUCUGCGGUACAUGAUGUACACUUUCAUCUGUGUCAUUUGUGCAACUUCUGCGUCUGUGUUGGUCAUCACAUACUCUCCACACUCAAAGCUGUCUGGUAUUUCGGAAAUCAAGACAAUUCUGGCAGGGUACAUUAUCAAGGGCUUCAUGGGCAAGUGGACUUUACUAAUCAAGUCUCUCGGACUGGGGCUAGCUGUUGGAUCUGGUGUUUGGGUUGGAAAAGAGGGUCCCUUGGUACACGUGGCCUGCUGUUGUGCGAACCUGCUCAUUAGAUACACGUCACGUGAGCAUAACGAGGCCCAGAAGCGUGAGAUUCUGUCAGCAGCGGCCGCAGCGGGUAUUUCUGUUGCUUUCGGAUCUCCCAUUGGAGGUGUUCUCUUCUCCCUAGAGCAAGUAUCGUACUACUUCCCUGACAAGACCAUGUGGCACAGUUUUGUGUGCGCAAUGAUUGCCGCUGUGACUCUGCAGUUCGUGAACCCUUUUAGAACAGGUAAGCUUGUGCUGUUCCAAGUCGAGUACGAUCGGCUCUGGCACCGAUUCGAGCUUGUGCCCUUCGCCAUUCUGGGUAUUUUUGGAGGUCUCUACGGAGCUUACUUCAUCAAGCUUAACCUCAAAUAUGCUAAAAUGCGCAAGACCACCUUCAUCAAAAACUUUCCCAUUCUGGAAGUUGCCAUUCUGGCUCUCAUCACAGGUCUCAUCAACUACCCCAAUGUCUACAUGCGACUCCAGCCCUCUGUUCUUCUGUCCUAUCUCUUCCAGGAAUGCAACGCUUCUACUCCAGAAGCUCUUUGUAACCUUGACAACUGGUCUCAGUCGGUGGCGCUUCUACUGUCAGCUUGUGGCCUAGGCUUCCUUCUUGCUUCUUAUUCUUUUGGAGUGGCGCUACCUGCUGGAAUCAUCAUCCCCAGUAUGUGUAUUGGGGCUCUCUUUGGUCGUGCAGUCGGUAUUCUCAUGGCUACAUGGCAUGAAACAAAUCGCGACUUUUUCCUCUUUGCCAGCUGUCCGGCUGAAGGUACAUGUGUCACUCCUGGUGUGUAUGCCGUUGUUGGUGCCGCCUCUGCUCUGGGAGGUGUUACAAGACUUACUAUCAGUAUUGUUGUCAUCACCUUCGAGCUCACUGGAGCUCUAAACUACGUGCUUCCCAUUAUGGCUGGUGUAAUGGUCAGUAAAUGGGUUGGAGACGCCAUUGGAGGUAAGAGGGGUAUCUACGAAAGCUGGAUCCAUGUGCUGAAUUUACCAUAUCUCGACAACAAGGACGACGAACCUGUUCCUGUUGUCUAUGUGAAGGAGUUUAUGACCAGCAUUGAUGAUCUUGUGGUUAUUCAGACCAACUCGAGUGACCACGUCAACACAAUCGACUCUCUCCAAUCGACUAUUUCAUCUUGCACCUUCCAGGGCUUCCCCAUCGUAAACCAAGAUACUAUUCUUCAGGGGUACAUUUUCCGAUCAGAGCUGAAGUUCAGUAUCGAUAAAGCUCUUUUGUUUGAUCACCUCACUGGUGAGACAGAGUGCGUAUUUGAAUCUCGGGAUGCUGAAGACUCUUCAUGUCUUCUUCUUCGUGAGUGGGUUGUUCAAGCUCCUCCCACAGUCACUUCUUCAGCUACUCUCCAGCUAGUGUCUAACAUGUUCUUCAAGCUGGGUCUGCGGUACAUUUGUGUGGUUGACAAGGGAAAGUUGGUUGGAUUGAUCACCAAGGAAGAUUUGUGGCGACUGUUCAAUUCGGAUCGACUGAAGACCAUGGCCGUCCCGAUUCUGGGAACUGUUAAUGAUGAGAGUAGGCAGGGACUGUUGCAUGAUGACGUUUAA